CAUACGAAUGAAAAAUGAAGCUGACGGAGUUGCUGUCCUACUUUUGCCUCUUGCUAUGCGCCAGGACACAAGUGAUAUUGGCAGUUAGUUGGGAAGAAUGGUGGACCUAUGAUGGCAUAUCCGGUCCUGCCUUUUGGGGUCUUAUCAACCCAGAGUGGUCGCUAUGUAAUAAAGGGCGUCGACAAUCACCGGUAAACCUAGAACCACAGCGCUUAUUAUUCGAUCCCAACCUGAGACCGCUACAUAUCGAUAAACAUAGAAUAAGUGGUCUAAUCAGCAACACUGGUCAUAGUGUCAUUUUCACGGCUGGCAACGAUACAGUUGCGAACUAUGAUGGCAUGCAAACGCCAGUUAACAUAUCCGGCGGCCCAUUAUCAUAUAGAUAUCGAUUUCAUGAAAUUCACAUACAUUAUGGACUGCAUGAUCAAUUUGGCUCGGAGCAUAGCGUGGAUGGUUAUACAUUCCCAGCGGAGAUCCAAAUAUUUGGCUACAAUUCACAGCUUUAUGCAAAUUUCUCGGACGCUUUGAACCGAGCGCAAGGCAUUGUUGGGGUCUCGAUUUUACUGCAGCUCGGUGAUCUGUCUAAUCCGGAAUUGCGUAUGCUCACAGAUCAACUGGAACGCAUACGUUUUGGUGGCGAUGAGGCGUUCGUCAAGCGUCUGUCCAUACGCGGACUGCUAUCGGAAACGGAUCAAUAUAUGACCUAUGAUGGCUCGACAACAGCACCCGCCUGUCAUGAGACUGUGACGUGGGUUGUCCUAAACAAACCCAUUUACAUAACCAAACAACAGUUGCACGCCCUACGACGCUUGAUGCAAGGUAGCCCCGAUCACCCCAAAGCACCGCUAGGUAAUAAUUAUAGACCACCACAGCCGCUACUGCACCGGCCUAUUCGAACCAACAUCGAUUUCAAAACAUCUAAAGUGAAUGGCAAAGCUGCAUGUCCCACCAUGUAUCGCGAAGUGUAUUACAAAGCUACAAGUUGGAGACAGCAUUGAGGCGUAUCUCGGCAAUAAAUAGCAGCAUUAG